GGCUGUACAGUACGCUCGCAUUUCUCGAGGAAUAUAAACAGAAACGCACACUGUAAGAGAACAGAUCAUAUUCCUUCGACUUCGGACUUACGUGAUGGAACACCGCCAGUCAUUCAUCUUGUGUCUCGUUUUCUUUCUCUUCCUCAUAUUCGGGGCUCUCACGUUCAGGUACCUCGAGAGGGAAGAAUAUGUAGCGGAGCCUUGGGAAUGGCAGAAACUGAAGGAAUUCGCGUUAAUGUCCACCAACGCUUCGCACGAGAUGUACUGGUUGCAGAGUUGGCUUUCCGAUAAUUGCACAGUUCUCUCCAGUUCUACGAUUGAAACCCUUCUCUCGGAAGGAUCACAUCCAGACGCUGUGCAAGAGGUGGAAACCCUGUGUCCACACUUGCACCAGCUGAACGUGCAAUACACAAUGACCUUUACAGAGUCUCUCUUCUUUUGUGUGACCGUCCUUAGUACCAUCGGUUACGGAUUUCAGUACCCAAUAACAGCUGCGGGUCAAGCCGUGUGUAUAAUCUAUGCUCUCACGGGCAUUCCACUAACAGGUAUGAUGCUGGUAUGGACCUCUGACUUCUUCAGCGAACAGCUUUUGAAGUUGUUCAAAGCAAAGCUGGACGCAAAGAAGCAGGAAUCCAACAUAUUCAUCGCUCUCUUCACCCUGAUUUGCAUCGCCGUGGGGUUUGUGGUGUUCAUCUUCAUUCCGGCUGGAAUUUUCAUGGUUCUUGAUUAUUGGUCGUACUUGGAGGCAGUCUACUUUGCCGUCAUCACUCUCACUACUGUCGGCUUUGGAGACUUGCUAACUGGAUCGGAGACGGGAUUCUGGGAACAGAGCAUGUACAUGGUCUGCGUCAUUGUGUGGAUCAUGACGGGCCUGGGUUACUGGGUCACUGUGGUCACCUUCAUCACGAAGGCGCUCAAGUCCAAACGCCAGCACUCCUUCCUGCGCAGCGCCGAAGAGAUGACGUCGUUGAUGCAGCAGAUGGGGAUCAAGGACACCGACCCGAGGUUCCUCCGUUUCGUGCAGCAGCUGAGCAGCAUCACCGGCGUAGCGAAGGGCGCUCUCGCUCACGACGCAACAGCCUUCCCCAGCACCUCAUCGCCUGCCGCGGCGCCGGCGAUGAACUGAGAAACUCCCAUUUACGAAGUCAUUGGGCCCUUAAGCUAGAGACUGCUAAGGCAGUGAUCGUUAGCUUUUUAAGGGUUAUUUAUAGUUGCUAGUUUGUGCGUCUGUUGCUAGGUUUUGUGUAUAUCCGUUAUUCGAGUAUCUGUUUCACUGUUCAUUACGCUCAUGUGAUUUUGAAUACAUAUGAGUACCAAGGUUGAACGUCGUGUGUGUCACACGGUUUACGAAAUGGCAUCAACAGAGGUUGGCAAUAUUAUUGUUGUCCUAAAUUCUUAAUUUGACAGCUAUUUACUUGUCACUAGGGGUAAUUUUGGGCCAGAAUGUGAAAAUACUAAAAAUACUUGUAAGGAAAAAUGUUUUGAUAAUUCUACCAU